UCAGAAGGCACAACCUUUAAAAUGCAAGUUGCUUCCAUUAGAACUCUGCAGUUCAAAGAUGUGGAUCGUGUUGUUUUGAUUCAUUACACAUGGACUGACGACUAUUAAAACUGCUUUAAAUUACUUGUGGAAGCUGUCUUUUUCUCCUUAUAUGGGGAAAUACACUUUUGAUUAUCUUCUUCCUCAACUUGUGAAUUUUGCGGUCCAGACACUAAUGACUAUUGCUAAUGGAAGUAGGGCUCCUCCAUCAAGGCUUGAGGGAAAAUAUAAAGCAAUGUUUGUUUGUUGGAUUCUGGGACUUGGGUCACUUGUUUCGUGGAACAGUCUGCUAACAAUUGGAGAUUACUACUACAAAUUGUUCCCUGAGGGUAAGUACCAUCCUUCAAGGGUACUUACCCUUGUUUAUCAACCAUUUGCACUAGGGACAAUAGCAAUACUAGCAUACAAUGAGUCAAAGAUAAACACCAGAAAGAGAAACAUGGCUGGCUAUAUACUCUUCACUGCAAGUACUUUGAUGCUGUUGGUUGUGGACUUGGCUACAUCAGGGAAAGGAGGAAUUGGACCUUUCCUUGGUAUAUGUGCUCUAGUUGCUCUUUUUGGAAUUUCUGAUGCCCAUGUUCAAGGUGGAAUGGUUGGAGACUUGUCUCUCAUGUGCCCUGAAUUCAUCCAAUCCUUUCUUGCUGGGUUGGCUGCAUCAGGAGCAUUAACCUCUGCUUUGAGGCUAAUAACAAAAGCAGCAUUUGAAAAGGCUAGUAAUGGGCUUCGAAAGGGAGUUAUGUUAUUUUUAGCAAUCUCCACUUUGCUGGAAUUUCUCUGUGUUCUCUUAUAUGCAUUUUACUUCCCUAAACUGCCAAUAGUGAAGUAUUACCGUGCCAAAGCAGCAGCAGAAGGAUCAAAAACUGUUUCAGCUGAUCUUGCAGCCGCUGGAAUCCAAACAUCAGCAACCCAAGAAGGUGAAAAUGAUCCCAAAGAGCUGGAACGAUUGAGCAAUAAAGAACUGUUUUUCCAAAACAUUGAUUAUGCAAUUGACCUGUUUCUGAUAUAUGUACUUACAUUAUCAAUAUUCCCCGGAUUCAUAUUUGAAAAUACCGGCCACCACCACAAUCUUGGCACAACAUGGUACCCUCUAGUUCUGAUUGCAAUGUACAACAUUUGGGAUCUCAUAGCAAGAUAUAUUCCUCUAGUAGAAUCCUUAAAAUUGGAGUCUAGAAAGGGCAUAAUGGUUGCAAUUCUUUGGCGUUUUCUACUCAUUCCAGCAUUUUACUUCACUGCAAAAUAUGCUGAUCAAGGAUGGAUGAUAAUACUCACAUCUUUUUUGGGACUGACAAAUGGUUAUCUAACAGUUUGUGUCCUUACAGUGGCACCCAAAGGUUAUAAGGGGCCUGAGCAAAAUGCGUUGGGUAAUUUGCUUGUGGUAUUCUUGGUAGGUGGCAUAUUUGCAGGAGUAGCACUUGGUUGGCUGUGGCUCAUAGGUAGUAAGAAUUCAUUCUGACGAAGAACACAAUGCAGUUCAUAAAUUUGGGAUUUGGGCACCAACGGGAUCAAUUUCCCCUGCAUACCAAGUGUAUUAGAAUAAAAGAUUGUAAAGAUAUUUUGAUCCUAAGGAGCAUUGUCCUUGUCCAGCUCAUUGCCAACAUAAUCCAUAUCACCACCAUUUAUUAUGUUACA